AUGUCGAGCGGGCGCGGCAGCGAGCGGCCGCAGGCGCGCUUCACCGACUUCAGCGUCGACCGCAUCUUGGGGCUGCGGGAGAACUCCCAGUCGCACCCCCAGGAGGGCAGCCGCCAGCCCACGCCGCCCACGCACCAGCCGGACUUCCAGUGGCUGCACUGCACGCGCUACCGGCCGCCCAAGCUGCCGCGUACGCGGCGAAAUGUUGAAGAUGGGGAUCAAAUGCAACGACAGAGACGACUAGGCCGCACACCAAGAGUGCCAUUCUAUCGCUGGCAGGUGACGUUACUUGAGCAGCAAUAUCAACGUCACAAUUAUCUCAGUACCACAGCAAUCUCCGAGUUAGCUGCUAUGUUACAGCUAUCAUACAACAGGGUCAAAAUUUGGUUCCAAAAUCGGCGGGCGAAAGAACGACGUAAAGAAGAGAUGAAAAGGAUACAGCAAGAAGGAAAUGAUUAUAACAGAAAUGCAAACCUUGAACUGGAUUCUACAGCACAAUCAGCAUCACCAUCACCAUCACCACCAGCAGUACUACCACCAUCACCACAAUAUAGAUCUUCAAAGAUUGUGUCAGUGCUGCCUCCAGCUUCCCAUCACGAAAGAACACUGAAUUCUGAAGUUUCUGCUUUUUCUAAUUAUCAGCUGUAUCACACUACUGCUGAAGGUAUGAGCACAGUGCACCAUCAACCACCGGCGACUAAACAGUGUCUCACAGAUUCUGAAUAUAAGCAUAUUGCUAGUGCUGUGUGAAUGGCUUUAUGUUCUAAAAGAAGUUAUUUAUUGGAGCAGCAGUCAUACUGCAUGUGUGAUAUUUAGGACAUUGUAUAAAGUGUUGUGAUUAUUCUCUCACAAUUGUUUAAUGUCAGCUAACUAAAGUUUGAUAAUGGAACAAUAGUCAAAGACUUUAUUUUUAUGCAAUAUAUAAUGCUGGAAGUUUUCAGCAAGAUACUUCAGAUAUAAAUGACCAUCUUGUGUGAAGU